AUGGGCCGUAUUAGAAAAAGAGAUCCAAGAGCCAACAAAUAUCAGAUUCCCAAUCCAAAUGAUUUAGAAUCGGCCAUUCGUUGCAUAAAGGCACGACAAAUGACCUACAGAGAAGCUAGUGAAGUAUAUGGUAUACAUUAUUCAGUACUUUUUCGCCAUGUCAAAAAUCCGGACAUGAAGGCACAAGGUGGACAAACUGCACUUUCCAUUAAAGAAGAAAAUCAUAUAGUAUCAUGCCUGUCUCUUUGUGCAGAAUGGGGCUAUCCAUUGGACAGGUAUGAUAUUAGAAUGGUUGUGAAAGGAUACCUGGAUCGACGUGGUAAGAAGGUGAGGCAAUUCAAAAAAAACAAUAUGCCUGGAAAGGAUUGGGCAAAUGGUUUUCUGACUAGGCACAAAACAAAACUUGCUCUCAGAUUAUGUCAAAAUAUAAAACGUUCCAGGGCAGCUAUUACUAGAGAAACAUUGAAUAAUUACUUUGACAACCUGGAAAUCUCUUUAGAGGGUAUUCCUCCUAGUCAUAUUGUUAACUACGAUGAAACCAAUUUAACCGAUGACCCGGGUAGACGUAAAGUAAUUACAAAGCGUGGAUCGAAAUAUCCUGAACGUGUUAUGAAUAACAGUAAAGCUUCAACUUUAGUAAUGUUCGCUGCUGCAGCUGAUGGAGUACUCCUACCACCAUAUGUUGUAUAUAGAUCAAAACAUAUAAGUGAUACAUGGAGAAUUGGUGGUCCUAAACAUACCCGUUUUAAUCGUUCUAAAUCUGGUUGGUUCGACAGCUUCUGUUUUGACGAUUGGAUAAAAACAAUUGCUAUUCCAUAUUUAUCUAAACUUUCUGGGACAAAAAUAUUGAUUGGAGAUAAUUUGUCAAGUCAUCUUUCCACUGAAUCAAUUAAAAUUUGCCAAAAAUAUAAUAUUAAGUUUGUAUUCCUACCUACCAAUUCCACGCAUCUAACUCAACCACUUGAUGUGGCCUUUUUUAGACCACUGAAAAUGCAUUGGAGAAGUAUUUUAGAAAAUUGGAAAAAAACUGAUGGUGCUCAUGAAAUAUCUAUUCCUAAGGAUCGUUUUCCUAUGUUAUUGAAACGACUUAUACUAAAACUUAAUGAAAAUGGUGUAAAUAAUAUAAAAGCUGGUUUUAAUAAAUGUGGUAUUGUUCCAUUUAACAGAGACAGAGUCCUAACUAUGUUGCCGUAUGAUAGCUGUGAUGUUAAUCAAAGUGGAGAUAGCAUAAACAAUUCAGUUUUAGAGUUCUUAAAAAGUAUGAGGUCAAGUAACAGUACACCAAGAAAAACCAAAAAAAGAUUACAGGUAGAACCAGGGAAAAGUGUUGAAACUGUAUCAGAUACUGAUACUGACUCAGAACUAAGAACAGAAUUACCUAAUGAAAGUUCAUCAGAUGCAGACGAACCUUAA